AUGUCUUCAAAACGCCCACUCUCCACCGAAGACAAAUCAUUCAUACGGGAAUGGUUAGAGACUGUGACAGGUUUGAAAUUUGUAGAUCCCAAUAACUUUCAUUCUUCUUUGAAAGAUGGUGUAAUUUUAUGCGAAUUAAUUGUAAAAUUACGUGGACUCAAAUAUGCCAAUUAUCAAAAAGAAGUGCAUGGUGUUUCAUUCAAAGAAAUGGAAAAUAUUGCAUUCUUUAUUCAAAAUGUUCAGAAAAUUGGAGUGAAAUGUGAAUGGACCAUACGUGCUCUUCACAAGAAUUCUGAUCUUGAUGCUGUAUUGAGAACGGUCAUUGAUCUAUCCAAACAUUUUGAAAACAAAUUUCGAAAUUCAAAUACUAUUUCAAGUACUAGAAAGAGUAAUAAUACUCUGAGUGGUCUGGAUUCAAAUCCAACCUCAACAACAACAACAACAACAGCAACGACGACAGUGGUGGUGGACUCUGAAGAAGUAUUUGCAGGUCCAUUUCUUAAAUUACCAAUCAUAUUCAAACAACCUUCGAAUCAAACAGCUGAAGUGAACACUUCAGUUCCAUUUGGAAGAUCCAUGUUGAGAAAGGUCACAACAAAAUCUUCACAGGAUCCACAGCAAACAUCCAUGACUACCUCUGAAAAGUCUACCAUUGUUUCGACUUUGAGCUCGACACCAACCACACCGAGCUCGACACCAUCAUCCACUGGUGGUGAUACUCUCAAUGCAACCAAUGCCGCCGUUGCUGUCUCCUCGACCCAUGUCUCAACACCACAUAGCUCAGUAUCCACUCCAAAAACACCUCGAAGUGGAAGUGGAAUUGUAACCAACAGUACUACUUCCUUGACAGGAGUGGGCGUUGGAACCACUCAUCCUCCAUCUUCACAACUUGAAACGAAAACUACUAUGACUCCAUCUCCUCUCAACAAUAACAACAUCAAUAAGGAAGAAUUAUCAAAAACUACUCAGAGUAGUAGUGGCAGUACAACUCAAUCUCUAAAAUCGAAUCUUUUUCAUAACAAUGGUGCAAACACAGAGCCUCAACAACAACAAUGGACAUUACCAAAACUUAGACCCACCAAUUCAGGAAACAAUCUCAAAGAACAAGCCAAUAAUAAUCAAUGCACAACAACAACAACCACUCCAUCUACUCAGGCAAGUGCUUCUACUACUACAGCUACGAACACCACCACCACGACUACAACUCUCAAUCAACCUCAAACCACACCACAAGAAUUUAGUGCAAGUCGUUUGAGACCUGUCUCUACACGAGUCUCUGUAGCCAAUGUGAGUGAGUUACAUGCUGUUUUGGAUCAGCAGCAACAACAACCCUCACAAGGAUCAUCCUUUCCAAAUGUCCAAUUGAAGAGUACAAAGAAUAGCAACAACAGUCAGUCUACUGAUAGUGCAAGUACUACUGCAACUACUACUAUUACCAAUGGUAGUGCAACAACCAUGACAUCGAACAAUACAGGUACUUCUAGUAGUGUUGCCAGUAAUUCGAACAACAAUACUAUUCAUGUAACUUUGAAACCCACUCAACCCAAAGAUACUACCAAUAGUAAUAAUACGACGACUACGACGACGACGAGUACUUCCAAUCAUACUGGUUUCAAAUUACCAACCUUGAAACCAGUUGUGAAAGAUAACAAUGGCAGCCAAAACAAUCACACCAGUCAUUCAUCUUCCAAUACACUGCCAUUCACAGCUGCAUUAAGAAAAACAGAUUCACCCAUUCUUCACAGUGGUGGUAAUCACACACCUCAAGAGUCCACUACUCCUAGUACUACUCCUAGUACUACUACAACUCCUACUAGUAAUAAUAAUAACACACCAACGAGCUCUUCACCAGUCUUGACUAUCAAAACAAAUACUAGUAGUAGUAGUAAUCGAAAUCCAACUACUGCAUCUCUCUCCUCACCCAUUCUCUCUUCAUUCCUUCAUGCCAAUGAUGAAACCUCUUCAUCAAUAUCUGAAGAAGACUCUGAUGAUGAAGAUGAUAUGAGUAAUGAUCAAGGUAUUGCUUAUAACAUUAAGAAAUUGAAAGAUCAAGUCACAAAUCAACAUCCCUCUGCUGAAUAUUUAUAUUCUCUCUACAAGUUAUUGGAAAAGAAAUCUGAACGAUGGUCGCAUCGUUUCGCCGAUCAAGAAAAGGGAGUGCAAUAUUUGGGUGAAAUUAUUUCAACCAUGAAUCAGAAACGAUAUCGUAGUGUGAAUGAAAAGACUGUUCAAGAACGAGCUCUCAAAUGUUGUCAUGUUCUGAUUGAUAAGGGAAUCAUGGAGCCUUUCAUUAAAUAUCCAACGACGGUCGCAGCCAUGGCCAUGAUGAUUGACUCGAAAGAUGGCGCCAAAAUUCGAAUGAUGGCACUCGAAAUAUUGAGUCUCAUCUGUACGCAUGGUGAGCAAGGCUUUUGGGCUGUUUUGGAAGCUUUGAAUCGAUACAAGAUUGAAAAGAAGGAACCAAAGAGAUUUCAUGAUUUGAUUGAUUGUUUGAAAACGGAGAGGGAUGAAAAGUUAAAGACGUUUUCUCUCAUGCUCUUGAAUUCUCUCAUUAAUACUCCACAAGAUUCCUAUAUUCGAAUUCUCAUUAGAAAUGAAAUGAAACAAGUGGGAUUGGAAGAGGUUGUGGAUCAAUUGAGUAAUGAUUUACAACAUGAUCGAAUCAAAGAUGAAAAUUUGAAAGAACAAAUCAAAGUCUUUGAAGAGGAAAUGAUGAUCGGAAUGAUUGAGAGAGAACAAGCUCAAAUUACUGAAGAUGUAGACUCUCAAAAUGGUAAACUCUCGAUGGAUCUCAAGAAUGAAUCAGAUCCUCUCAAAUUAAUGAAAUUAUUAAUUCUGAGAUUGGGUGCUAGUACUGGUACUUCUCAUUUGGUGAGCAUUUUGCAACAAUUUUUAUUCUUCUCCAUGCGAGAUCAAAAUGAUCCCAAAUUUGAGAAUGCACUCUCAACCAGUUGGAAGAAUUUAGAAAGUACCAUCAAGACAAUGGUACAAGCGUGUACCAUGAAAGGAGAUGCAGGUAUCAUUGAAGAUAUUGCUAAAAAAGAAAAGAAUGCAAACUUUGAGAAACAAAAACAAACGACGAAAAUUACAAACUUAUCCAAUAGUUUGGAAAAGGCAAAUAAGGAAAUUGAGGAGUUGAAGAAACAAGUAGAAACAUGGAAAGCAAUGAAAAUUGUCAAGAAUAAUACUACUCUUUCAAGCCCACAAUUGAAUCAACAAGCAAGUCAAGAUCAAACAUCCAAUGUUCCAUCCAACGAGAGUGAAACUAAUACUACUACUUUGACUACUACUACUACUACCAAUAAUAAUAAUACUAGUCAUACAACGACCAUUGAACAUGUGAAUUCAUUGUCGACACAUGCAUCCUCCUCAUCCUCACCCUCACUCUCACCUUCCUCAUCCAUUCCAUUCGAUCAUACAGAACUAUUUACCAAAGAGAUGGAAGAGUUGAAACAACACAUGAAAAUUCAAUCCGAUCAAAUUCAUGCUCUCGAUUCAGAGAAUACUCAUUUGAAAACACAACUCAAAGAGCUUGAAGAACAAUUAGAAGAGGCAAGAAGAGUGAACUUUAAAGCCUCAUUGCAACAAACAAGUAGUGGUGGUAGUGGUAGUAGCAACAUGGGCACUCGAUCACCCUCAUUGCAUCAAGUCGAUACAAGUCUAUCCUCCAGUAAUAUCGUUCCACACGUGUUGGAUCGAUCGAACAUGAAUCAAGAUGAACAUGGCUUUAAACCUCCACCACCUCCACCAUCACUUCAAACAUCGUCAUCACCCUCUGAGCUUCCUCUCACUGGUGGUGGAAUAGUGCCACCACCUCCACCUUCACCAGGAUCAUUUUAUGACCCAUCAUCAUCCAUAGUGCCACCACCUCCACCUUCCUCUUCACCCUCCAUGUGGAGCACCACAUCAACAUCUACAGGUCAUAUUCCUCUUCCUCCCAAUGUUGUUGGUGUCCCCAUCCUGUCCAAACGAAAUCCACUUCCAGAACUCGCGACUCGAGUACCCAAAACAGCCGUUAAAAACUUUUAUGGAACUGCCAUUAGUAAACAAAAAGUAUCCUCCACGUGUUGGGUCAAGAGUGGUAUUGCAGCCAGCACCAAAGACAUUCCACUCGAUGCCGAUGAAUUGGAAGAAGUCUUUUCCAACGCUCCACGAAAGAACAUUUCCGAAGAAGAAAAGAAAAAAAAGAAGGAAUAUGUUUCCUUUGUGGAGCCUCAAAAGGGAUCCGCUCUCAGUAUUCUAUUGGGAUACAUUCGGUUGGAUUACUCUGAAAUUCGAAGAGCCAUUUUAGAAAUGGAUGAAGAAGUAUUGAAUGCUCAAGUGGUAGAUACUCUCAAAGACAAGAUGGCCACCACUGAAGAAUUAUCCUUGAUUGAGGCUUAUCAAGGCGAUGCCGAUUUAUUAUCACCCGUUGAUAAAUUUUAUUUGGCAUUGCGUGAAGUGCCUCGACUCGAAGGAAGACUCUUUUGUUGGGCCUUCCGAUCCAAAUUUCAAUCCGAAGUCUCUGAAGUGUUGUCCGAUUUGGAAACAGUGUUAGCGGCGUGCACUCAAAUUUUACAAUCUCAAAAAUUCAAAAAGUUACUUUCCAUUAUAUUGGCCAUUGCUAACUUUUUAAAUGCCAAUUCAACAUCCAAGAGAAAUGCCUAUGGUUUUACAUUGUCAAGUUUGUUAAAGUUACAAGAUACCAAAACAUCAGACAACAAGUCCACACUGUUGCAAUAUAUUGCUGGAUAUUGUGCAAAACAUUUCCCAGAAUUAUUGGAAUUGAAAGAUGAUUUAGUAUCGAUUGAAGAUGCAACCAGAGUAUCUUUGAUUGAAUCGGAUAAUGAAUAUCGAAAAUUGAAGAAUGGAUUUGAACAAAUGGAAAGAGAAUUACAAAAUGAAGAAUGGAACAAGGUAUCAUCACAUUUCAAAACAUCAAUGAGUGAAUUCAUGGAGAGUGCAUCUCGUUUCUUGGAUGACAUUGAUUCCAUAUUAUCAAAGAUUGAUGAAAAAUUGAGACAAAUUGCUGAAGAUUUUGCAGAGGAUGAAAAGACUAUAUGCAAGAAUCCAAAUGAACUCUUCUCACAACUCAAUACAUUUGUCAACUCAUUUAGAAAUAGUUAUGAUGAGCUUGUAAAGCAAAAAGAAGCUGAAGAAAAGAGAAAAUUGAAAGAAAAGUUGAAAGAAGAAAAGAAGAAACAAUCAGCAGCAUUCUUUGCAAAUCACACCAACAUGAUGAAAUUGAAAAAGAGCAAAGCGAAUGGUGCUGUUGCAGGAGGAGUGGCUAUUUUCGAACAAAAGAUGGCGUCAUCGGUACAAUCACCAUCAUCAUCGUUAAUGGUACCACCCUCUACAAGCAAUGGUCUUGUAGAUUCAAGUGAUGCAGGUAUGGACGUGGCUGCAAUUUCAACAACACCUGUUGAUUCAUCGAACUCUGAGAUCUUGUCAGAGAAUACUCGAGCGAACGAUCAUGCAAGUGAUGAACCACCCAUGACGAUCACACACGAUUCAUCGGCGUUGACAGUCACACAAAAUCACUCGGAUGACUCUUCAUUAAUGUCUGAGAGUGAACAAGCCUUAUUACAAAGCAGAAUCAGAGAUCGUAAAAAGAGUAUCAUGUCAGGUGCUGCAUUUAGAGAGAGAAGAAUGACAAGAAUGUCAGUGAUGGAGAAUAACGACAACAACAAUUAG